GAGUCCAGCAGACAAACCCGAACCGCAACCCGCCUCAAAAUUGGAUUGGCGCCAUCAGCACCCACGUUUACAGAGAAGCUUCUGCUGUCUGCUCUACUAAUAUAGCUUCACCGGUUUCAAAACGACAGAGCAGAGAGCACGAUAGCUGAGCUGAGCUUAGUGUAGAGACAGUUAGUUUAGAGAGUCAAUAAAAUUGUUUAAAAGAUGGCAGAUGUGGUAACGAUUAUGGAUAUCGACGAAGACGUGAAGGAGAAGCAGAAUCAAUUGUCCAAACCAAACAAGGGCAAAAACGUCUUCGUGGACACUAAAGCCACUCCUUGGGUGGAAAAGUAUCGUCCUCAGUCACUCGCUGACGUGGCUGCUCAUCGCGAUAUUGUUGAUACCAUUGAUAGGCUGACCAAUGAAAAUAGAUUGCCACAUUUGUUACUUUAUGGUCCUCCUGGCACUGGGAAAACUUCUACUAUUCUUGCCGUGGCGCGAAAACUAUAUGGAGUACAAUACCAUAAUAUGAUUUUGGAGCUUAAUGCAUCAGAUGAUAGAGGCAUUGAUGUUGUCAGACAGCAGAUUCAAGAUUUUGCUAGCACUCAAAGCUUCUCUUUUGAUGCAAAGUCAGCUGUAAAGUUGGUCUUGCUGGACGAGGCAGACGCAAUGACAAAGGACGCACAAUUUGCCUUGCGUAGAGUCAUUGAGAAAUAUACCAAGAACACACGAUUUGCACUCAUAUGUAAUCAUGUGAACAAGAUUAUUCCAGCACUACAGUCUAGAUGUACUCGAUUUCGUUUUGCUCCUCUUGAUCCUAUACAUGUCACUGACCGACUCAAACAUGUUAUAGAGGCUGAAGGGCUUGAUGUACCUGAGCCUGGCUUAGCAGCAGUUGUACGAUUAAGCAAUGGUGAUAUGAGGAAGGCUCUGAACAUAUUACAGUCAACACACAUGGCUUCUCAGCAAAUUACAGAAGAAGCUGUACACCUGUGCACUGGAAAUCCAUUGCCCAAAGACAUUCAGCAAAUAUCUUACUGGCUUUUGAAUGAAUCAUUUGCUGAAAGUUUCAAAAGAAUUUCUGAAAUCAAGACAAAGAAAGGAUUGGCAUUGGUCGAUAUUGUAAGGGAAGUGACUAUGUUUGUCUUCAAGAUCAAGAUGCCAUCUGAUGUCAGAGUUCAGUUGAUUAAUGACAUGGCUGACAUAGAGUACAGGUUGAGUUUUGGUUGCAGUGACAAGUUGCAACUCGGAUCACUUGUUGCUUCUUUUACAUGGGCUCGGUCUGCAUUGGUUGCUGCAGCAAAGUAGUUUUUAUAUGCUGCUUUUGCUUGCUGUAUCACUUCCUGAUUAUUCCAGCAUGAGAUGAUCGAAUGACUACUUGUGCAAUCAUGAAAUUUAUACAUGUUUAAGAAUGUAAAGUUUUCAAGUUAGAAGCUUGGCUGAUAUAUCUUUUUGACUUGCCCCAUAUUUUCUAGGUGUUUUUUUGGUGAGCUUGUAGGUUAUGGUUAUUUUGUUCCUUUGCGUUAAUGUGUAGUUUUCAAAUUCUAUGCUCUA